AUGGCCGCGCGGUCGCUGUGGGCGGUCCAGCGGCGGGGGCAGCGCCUCCUGGCCUCCAGUGCCGCGUGGGAGAACAGGGGAUGGCUGUACCACUUCAGCACUGCCACCCAGAGAACCGCUGGUGAGGACUGCAGUUCUGAGGACCCUCCUGAUGAGCUUGGGCCUUCUCUCACUGAACGGGCCUUAAGGCUGAAAGCUGUGAAACUCGAGAAGGAAGUCCAGGAUUUAACAAUAAGAUAUCAGAGAGCAGUGGCUGAUGGUGAAAAUAUAAGGAGACGGACCCAGAGAUGUGUUGAAGAUGCCAAGAUAUUUGGAAUCCAGAGUUUCUGUAAAGACUUGGUAGAGGUGGCAGACAUUUUGGAGAAGACAACUGAGUGUAUUUCUGAAGAAACAGAGCCUGGGGACCAGACACUUACUCUGGAGAAGGUCAUCCAGGGGUUGUCACUUCUAGAAGCAAAGCUGAAAAGUGUGUUUGCCAAGCAUGGCCUGGAGAAGAUGGCACCCAUCGGUGAUAAGUACGACCCUCAUGAGCAUGAACUCAUCUGUCAUGUGCCAGCUGGUGCUGGGGUGCAGCCUGGCACUGUGGCAUUAGUAAGGCAAGAUGGCUACAAACUUCAUGGCCGCACCAUUAGACUUGCCCGGGUAGAAGUGGCAGUGGAGUCUCAGAGAAGACUAUAAAUGGGCCGUUGAGGAACUGAAUGUUCUCCCAGAGUGCAGUCACCUGUUUCCUUAUUUAUUAAACUAGGUUUGUAUU